CUUUAGCUAUCGACCUACUUCCUGUUUACAGUGUACGUAACUGACUGUAACGUGUAGCUCCGCCCCUCCUCGUUCACGGCAAAAUGGCGACGGAGAACUGUGAUUCUGUGAACAUCGACUCUGACAUGGACCUGCUCAGUGACGAAGAAUUAGAAAGGGAAGCAGAAGGCUUCAAAGAGCAGGGCAAUGCCUUUUAUGUCAAGAAGGAUUAUGCAGAAGCAUUCAAUUAUUACACCAAGGCCAUUGACAUGUGCCCAAAGAAUGCAAGUUAUUAUGGAAACCGGGCAGCCACACUAAUGAUGUUGUGUCGGUAUAGAGAGGCUUUAGAGGAUUCGCAGCAAGCAGUGCGACUAGAUAACACUUUCAUGAAGGGCCAUCUGCGAGAGGGCAAGUGCCACCUGUCCCUUGGCAAUGCUAUGGCUGCCAGCCGCUGUUUCCAGAGGGUUCUGGAGCUGGAGCCAGACAACAGCCAGGCACAACAGGAGCUGAAGAAUGCAGAAUCCAUCCUUGAAUAUGAGAGAAUGGCAGAGAUUGGAUUUGAGAAGCGAGACUUCAGGAUGGUUGUGUUUUGCAUGGACCGUGCCUUGGAGUCUGCCUUGGCCUGUCACAGGUUCAAGAUACUUAAGGCUGAGUGUUUAGCCCUGCUGGGGCGCUACCCUGAGGCUCAGUCUGUAGCCAGUGAUAUUUUGCGAAUGGACUCCACUAAUGCGGAUGCACUGUAUGUGCGUGGUCUUUGUCUAUACUAUGAGGACUGCAUUGACAAGGCUGUCCAGUUCUUCGUCCAAGCUCUGCGUAUGGCUCCAGACCAUGACAAAGCCCGGCUCGCGUGCAGAAAUGCUAAAGCACUAAAAGCCAAGAAGGAGGAGGGGAACAAGGCAUUCAAGGAGGGAAACUUUGAGGAAGCCUAUGAGCUGUACUCUGAGGCACUAACAAUAGAUCCCAACAACAUCAAGACUAAUGCCAAGCUGUACUGUAAUAGGGCCACUGUUGGAUCUAAGCUGAAGAAAAUAGACCAGGCCAUAGAAGACUGCACAAAGGCCAUUAAACUGGAUGAGACCUAUAUCAAGGCCUAUUUACGGAGAGCACAGUGCUACAUGGACACAGAGCAGUAUGAGGAGGCAGUGCGAGACUAUGAGAAGGUUUACCAGACAGAAAAGACAAAAGAACACAAGCACCUCCUGAAAAAUGCCCAACUGGAGCUAAAGAAAAGCAAGCGGAAAGAUUACUACAAAGUGCUCGGGGUGGAUAAGAAUGCCACAGAAGAAGAGAUCAAGAAAGCAUACCGCAAACGGGCACUUUUACAUCACCCAGAUCGCCACAGUGGAGCUAGUCCUGAGGUGCAGAAAGAGGAGGAGAAGAAGUUCAAGGAAGUGGGCGAGGCUUUCAGCGUGCUAUCAGACCCAAAGAAGAAGUCUCGCUAUGACAGCGGCCAGGACCUGGAGGAUGAAGGCAUGAACAUGGGAGAUUUUGAUGCCAACAACAUUUUCAAGGCAUUCUUUGGAGGCCCAGGGGGUUUUAGUUUCGAAGCAUCUGGACCGGGAAAUUUCUUCUUCCAGUUUGGGUAAUUGGAGGAUUUGUCUACCUAAAGAGUUAUUACAUCAGGACUUUUCAACAAUGUCAACCGCCAACUCACCAUCCAUAUUUAAUGACUGACUGACAGACAAGUCAGAUUCUUGUCUAUGCCAUUGAAUGCAAUCUAAUGAUCACGCGCAGCAAACGAUUUAAUGCCCAUAUAGCAAGGACACCAAGACAGCUCAGACUGAGUUGUUAGUGUUACUGGUUUUGAAUUUGGUUUUCUUCCUUCCAGAAAGAAGGAAGAAACGACAGUGACUACCAACACUGGUUCAAAUAUUUUCAGGAUUUUUCAGAUAGGAGAGAUUGUGCAGCUGUUCUAUCAGAGCAUAUACGGAUCCAUGCAAGACGUGACAUCCUGGGGAAAUCUUUCAGAUGCAACUGAACAAAUGAGCACGCUAAUAUCCAGCUUGUCUCAACUUACUGCUGAGGGGGUAUUCUCUACAUGAAAGUUCAGUACUUGCUUAAUGAUUUCUGAAAAAAAUCACUGAGCAAGAGGAACCUUCCCCAUUUGAGGAAACUGUGUUGGCUGCUGUGAAUUUGCACUGAAAACCUCCUCCCUGUUAUAAGCCAGUAGGAGCACUUGAGAAUUUUUUUUUAAAUUCACAACAGCUGGAGCCUAGACCUACACAUACAGUACAGCUGAAGCACACUAGAAAGACAACAGUAGAGACAGCUGUGCUGUCUUUGUUGCCAGCACAGCUGCUCUCCCUCUUGUUGUCACAGGUUUUGUGUUUGAUGUUGCCAUUCACAGAUUGCUGCAUUGUACAUUUUACUGGAAUGUAAAGUGUUAAUUUGUGAUAAUAGUUGAUUUUUUUUUUUUAUUUUGAUAUGUAUAUUUAUUGUAAAUUUCCUGUCUGAUAGAACAAUUGCUGUAAGGUGAGGACAUUUUUCUCUUGUGUGAAACUUUGAAAGUGGCACCAAUUAUUACACAAAUUCAGGAAGAUAAAUGUUAUGCUUGGUCUGCAUGAAAUAUUAUAGAGAAAUAGAUUAUGCUCUUUGUGUUUCUUGACUGUGAUGCAAGCCUUCUAAUUUUACUCUGCAACACACAGACAUAAAAAUAGAACACAUUUGAAAUGUGAUAUGUGUCAAAGAAGGUCAGGUGCUGUGUGAUGAUGGAAAUCUGACAAUGUUCAGUUACUUUUUGAGAAUUGUAUUUUUCUCUUGGUGCACUUUAUGAAGAAAAGUGUCCUCAGCUUUGCUCAUUGUUUUGCCCUUAUGGUAAACCAUCCUCUCUUUACCCUUGACAAGUACCAGCCAUGUCAAUAAAGUUGGGUUUCCCCAUAA